CGGAGACGUACGAUGGACGACAUGGCACCGAGCAGCUGCCUGUAGCUAGCCUCCAGACGCUCAUGUCCUGCGCUUUUGAAACCUUGUUGUGCCGCUGCUGCGUCGAAAGGUGCAUCUUGCUGCUUCAGAAAGACGGCGCUGUUCAGGUCCGUUGCACUGCUGGUCUCUUGAGCCCAAGCCGGCGCAAUCUAUGCAAGACGGACGAUAGAUCGGAUCGAAUCAAGACGAUCGAGGCAGCAUGACGCAAUGCCAGUCCGACUUGAUCAUGCCACGAUUUUCUCGUCAAACUGAAUUCGACAAGCAAAGCUCUCGCCUUGCGCUGAUAGGGAUUCUCUGCUGGCGUAUUGACAGACGAUGAUCUGCUCGGGGAAGGCGCAGGCGAGGGUGACUUGGUCCCUCUGAGCUGGGCAGGCGACCUGACCAUUCCCCUUGAUGCAAAGAGCGGGGGGGCGAGUAGCAAUAGCGGUGGCUGCUGGCACGAGAAGAACUUAUCACUCGCCUCCUCGUGCUCGCUCGCCUUUUCUCGUGCUUGCACUCGAGAGCUCAGCAGAUGAUACCUGUUGCGCCAUUGUGCAAGGUCACCCACGCAAGAUCCUCGCCAAUGUCGUUGUGAAGCAAGACAAGGCACAUCAGCCCUAUGGCGGCAUUCACCCCUUGCUCGCUCUCAGAGAGCAUCAGCGCAAUAUGCCAGGAGCAAUACAGACUGCAUUGACGCAAGCACGAGUGACAAUGGCAGAUCUCGAUGCCAUUGCAUUCACGAGAGGUCCAGGCAUGCUAUCUUGUCUGACCGUUGCUUCGGUCGCUGCACGUUCGCUCGCAGCAGCGCUGGACAAACCCCUCGUGGGCGUGCAUCACAUGCAAGCUCACGCUCUGACACCUUUCCUCACCGAAGACGUGCCACCUGAGUUUCCUUUCCUGACUCUGUUGGUGUCUGGCGGUCACACGCUCAUUGCGCUUGCGCGAUCAUCGUCCCAAUUCGAGCUACUCGCCACAACACGCGAUAAUGCCAUUGGCGAAGCGAUCGAUCACGUUGCACGUCUGCUUGCAGUACCCUGGAUGGGCUCCCCCGGUAGUGCUCUGGAACGAUUCGCAGCUUCUGCACGAGAGCUGCCAGGAUUCGAUUGCCCUGAUUUCCGCUCACAUCCAACGAAAGAGAACAAGGCUCGGUUUGGCUACUUCUCGUUCUCGGGCCUCAAGAGCUCGGUGCAACGAUUCGUAAGCGAGCAAGGAGGAACAGACGCUCUGUCAGAAGACCAACGAAAAGUCAUUGCCCAGCGAUUCCAGUCUACUGCCAUCAUGCAGCUCGAGCGCACUCUAGCGGUCACUCUGGCAGAUCUGACGAUCAAACCCACCGCGCUCGUCGUCAGCGGAGGCGUGGCGAGUAAUGCUCUCUUGCGCAAUCGCUUGCGAGAGUGUCUGGACGGACAGGGCAGGACAGAGACGAGGCUCAUCUUUCCGCCGGUGGCCCUGUGCACGGAUAAUGCUGCGAUGAUAGCUUGGACGGCUAUCGAUCGACUCAAGCGAGGCUUCCAUACCGAUUCACUGGCCGUAGCUUCGCAUCCCGUGUGGUCCAUAGAAUCAUGCGAGUCAGGAGGGCCAGUCUAGCCGAUGUAUCAAUGAAAAUGAUUGCCCUAGCAGAUGACACAACACGAGUUUUGCUUCCUGCUCGCCGCGAGAGGUUCAGCAAGCGCGACUUGGGAAGUGAAGAGCAGAGACACACUUUGCGCUCUUGUAGAACAUCUUGGAAGAAGCAGAUAGCGCGUUUGAACGGUCGACGAGAGAAUCUAGCUUCUCCCCUCGCUCCAAGACUGAUUCGAUCGUCUUGUGCUGUCAUGCGCCGACCCUACACUGAGCGCAAGUCUGAUCGGAGCGG